UCGUGCCGCCUUGCAGACGCCGCCGCCCCGGAAUCGCCCGCGCCUCUUAGCCAUGGUCAACCCCACCGUGUUCUUUGACAUCGCCGUGGACGGCGAGCCCUUGGGCCGCGUCUCCUUCGAGCUGUUUGCAGACAAAGUUCCCAAGACAGCAGAGAAUUUUCGUGCUCUCAGCACUGGGGAGAAAGGAUUUGGUUACAAAGGUUCCUGCUUUCACAGGAUUAUCCCAGGAUUUAUGUGCCAGGGUGGUGACUUCACACGCCAUAAUGGCACUGGAGGCAAGUCCAUCUACGGGGAGAAGUUUGACGACGAGAAUUUCAUCCUGAAGCACACAGGUCCUGGCAUCCUGUCCAUGGCGAACGCCGGACCCAACACGAACGGUUCCCAGUUUUUCAUCUGCACCGCCAAGACUGAGUGGUUGGAUGGCAAGCACGUGGUGUUUGGCAAGGUGAAGGAGGGCAUGAACAUUGUGCAAGCCAUGGAGCGCUUUGGGUCCCGGAAUGGCAAGACCAGCAAGAAAAUCACCAUUGCUGACUGUGGACAAAUCUAAUAAAUUUGACUCAUGUUUUAUCUUAA